UUGGGUCUUUUACCCCGUGGCUUGUUCAGGCUGUGUUGGGGGUCAUGUGCUCCGACUAAUUAAACCCCUAAAUUUUCAUUUUCCGAUAGCUCAGAGAAGCCCAGACAUCAGAGUGAUGAUGGGCGGUAAAACAAGCGCGAUUGCUGCGGGGGUCUGCGGGGCCCUGUUCGUCGGGUACUGCAUUUACUUCGACAGAAAACGGCGGAGUGACCCCAACUUCAAGAACAGAUUGCGAGAACGAAGGAGAAAGCAGAAGUUAGCAAAAGAGAAGGCAGGACUUUCAAAGCUUCCUGACCUGAAGGACCCAGAGGCCGUGCAGAAAUUCUUCCUGGAGGAGAUUCAGCUUGGGGAGGAACUGCUCGCCCAGGGAGACUACGAGAAGGGCGUGGAUCACCUGACCAACGCCAUCGCCGUGUGCGGGCAGCCCCAGCAGUUGCUCCAGGUCCUGCAGCAGACCCUGCCCCCGCCCGUCUUCCAGAUGCUUCUCACAAAACUACCUACGAUCAGCCAGCGUAUCGUCACUGCACAGAGCUUGGCCGAAGAUGACAUUGAGUGACAGGACGGGCCAACCCCAGAGUAGAGGGGCCUCCCCGCUCCCGCCCCCCAAAUUUCCCAGGACCCGGAGCUCCGCAAACAGAGGCUGCACCCCUUUUUCUCCCAGUAUGGGAACCCCCACCUUUUUUAAAGUAACCUGGCCAGUGAGAUUUGGCCUUUCACCAAUAAUUGGUUUCUUAAGAUAGCCCUCAUUUGCUUUCAUGAUUUAUUUUUUUUGGUCCCCCAUCUGCAUGAGUGACAGCUCGUCUGUCUCCCAUUGCAUUUAAAAGAAAAAUGAUUUUCUUGUUGAACUGACUCCUGCCCGUGUGAUGUAUGAACAAUGAAAGGGGCAAAAAAUAAAAAAUGAAACAAAAAAAAAAUCUAAGGACUGAUUAUGGCAUGCGCACGCUACACGUACCCUCAUGACUAAAACCUCACUGGACUUGAUUUAAAAAUUAAUUUAAAGCCGCAAAGAAAUGACUGACCCUCUAAGUAUUUUUGUCUUUUUUCCCCCCUCCCCCAUCUUCCUUUCUGUGUUUAUAUCAUAACAACUUGCAGCGCAAACGGUUGCGCUGCUAGUUGCGGUGAUUAAAGAUAUGCAAGUAGAAUACCGCCUGUCAUUCACGGUUGUUUUUCUGUCCUUUGUUCAAGCCCGGGCUGAAGUUUACACACAUUGUGGCUUUUUAAAGGAAAACUUAAUUAUGGACACGGAGCAAGGCGAGCACUGCAUAUUCAUAUUCCUGACUGUAUCAACUGCUCUGAACACUAUUGUGCAAAAAAAAUAAAGAAAGAAAAAAAAGGUUUAAAACUUUUAAGAACAAAUUAUAUGAUGCUGGAAAGAAGUAUAAAAACGGUUGUCUUUUAUGGAAUCCACCUCAAUUUAGAAAAGAACAGUGGUGUAUGUUUUUUUUGUUUUGUUUUGUUUUCCCUUGAUAGGGAAACUUUUGUUUUUAUGUAUCUAACUUUUCUAAGGUCAAGUCUUGUAACGUGAGCCCUUUCUGUUUAUUUGGAAAGUCAUUAAAAUAAAAAGUGGAAUUAUUGGUC